AUGAUCCGUUCUCAACACCAUUCGACUACCACUGCCACCACACCGCCAUCUCCUUCUCCACCUUCUCUUACCACUACCUCCUCUACCACAUCCAAAGAUCAUGCUUCAAACACACAACAACUUUCUUGGGAAUUUCUUCGAAAGCAAGCACGACAGCUGGAGAGCGAAAUCGAGAAUAAACUAUCUGCAUAUGCAAAGUUGACUAGCGGUUAUGGGAGAGAACGAGGCGGGGCUGGUGUGAGUGGAAUAACAGGACUAAGUGCUGAAGCCAUGGAAGCAGAGAUUGAUGAGUUGAUAAAGAAGUUGACGCUCGUUGUUAAUUCGAUGGCAGAGCUUUUGGAUCGACCGUCAUCAGCGCCAGCAAGUUCUUCGAUGAUGCAUAUGUUACAGCGACAUAGAGACAUUCUUUACGAUUAUUCUAAAGAAUUCAAAAAGACAAAGUCUAAUAUUCAAGCUGCUAGGGAUCACGCCGAUCUGUUGCGUUCUGUAAGAGACGAAAUAAGUUUACAUAAAUCAGGCACAUCAAGUGAAACAGAUUACUUUCUAAACGAACGAGCGAGGAUUGAGAGUUCUCACCAUAUAACUGAUAUGGUGAUUGAGCAAGCAUAUAGUACAAGGGAAGAAAUCGGUAGACAACGUUCGAUUUUGUUCAAAGCAAAUAGACGCAUGGCAGGAGUAGCAACGACGUAUUCAUCCUACCUUAUGACUACCGUAAUGUUUCAACGACCGUCUUUUAUUUCAUAUGAUGACAUUUCGCCGUUUAUUCCGCCAGUAGAUCUUCAUCCAGCGCUGUCAAUCAUGGACAUUAAAGACUGGACCUAUCCAAACUUUGUACAGCAUAUAAUUAUUUCAAAUAGUCCAGUCGAUAAAUUCAGAGUCUUCAACUGUUUGGCUAAAGGUUAUAUGGAAUCUAAAGAACGUGAAAAUGUGGAAAAAUAA